AUGGAGCUGGGUCCAUGCACUUCUGUGCCCUGCCACCCUAAGAAUGCCACGGAUCACGCCAAUGCCACCUUUGAAGUCCUCGCUGACACCAGUGAUGUCUUGGUCACCUACUUCCUGGGGUGCAUCCUGGCCGUGAUGUGCCUGGUGGGCAUAGUUGGCAACAUCUACACCUUGGUGGUCGUGAACCUCUCCAUGACGUUCACUGGCUCAAUGUACAUUUAUAUUGUCAACCUGGCACUGGCAGAUCUCCUGUACCUGUCGACCAUCCCCUUCGUGGUCUGCACGUAUUUCGUGAAGGACUGGUACUUUGGCGAUGUGGGUUGCAGGAUCCUGUUCAGCUUGGACCUCCUCACCAUGCACGCCAGCAUCUUCAUCCUCACCAUCAUGAGCACCGAAAGGUACCUAGCCGUAGUCAAGCCAUUAGACACUAUUGGGAGAUCCAGAGACUACCGGAGGACUGUCACCUGCCUGGUGUGGCUGGUGUCCUUUCUUCUUGCCCUCCCUACUAUGAUCCUCAUAGACCUCAGGACGAGUGACCAGGGCGGGGUGACCAAGCGCAUGUGCCAUCCCACUUGGCAGAUGGAGACCUACAAAGUGUACCUCACCAUCCUUUUUAACACCUGCAUCCUGGCCCCUGGGCUUGUCAUCUGCUACUUAUACAUUAAGUUGGCCAGGACAUACUGGAGAUCUCAGACUGCUGUUUUCACCCCCAGGGAAAUGAACCGGUGCCCCAAGCAGAAAGUCCUGUACAUGAUAUUCAGCAUCGUCCUCACCUACUGGGCUUGUUUCAUACCCUUCUGGCUCUGGCAGCUGCUCAGCAUCUACUACAAGCAGCCAGGGAACCUCACCACCACCACCAUGGUCUACAUCAAUUUCAUCGUGACCUGCUUGGCCUACAGCAACAGCUGCAUUAACCCUUUCCUUUACACGCUGCUCUCCAGGAAUUACAAAGAGUAUCUGAGGAGUCGCCAGAAGAACUGCAUCAACCUCUCCAAGUUAAAGCCCAAGAGGCGCUCCUCGAGGAGGUCCAGGUUCUCUGGAAGCCACGCCUACCCGGAAUCCAUAGCCAUCGCUCAGCUCACAGGGCUCACUAAUGAGGAUGUCUGUACUCUGUGAAAGGGUCCGUGGGGAAGAACAGUGUCCCUAUCAACUCACCCCCCAGAAGGUCUUCUGUCGCUGGGUUCUCCUUGGGACACAGAGGUUGAGGAGGAACAACGGUGCCAAACCUCCUGCUGUCACUUGCACCCCAUGUCCCUGUUCUACUGGUUCCUGCCCCAACGGUGAUGGUUCUGAGCUGUUGCCAUCUAACCCAGUGUCUGAGCUUCUUCUGUUAUUAGGUGCCCAUCAGCG